UUUACGUCAUUUAUGACCAGGCAAGAUUGAUGUUUGGUUCGCGUGUUCGAAACCGCGAUUUGUGAUCCAAACACCACCCAUAAUGGCUAAAUCAAAAUAUGAAUAUGUUCGGCAAUUUGAAUCGGCAACCGAUUAUCAUCUAUUGUUAGAUUCCUACAUCGUUGUCCGUGUCGAUGGACAAUGUUUUCAUCGAUAUGCAAAGGAACAUAAUUUUCUAAAACCAAAUGAUAAAAGAUGUUUAGAUCUAAUGAAUCGAUCCGCAUUGCACGUAAUGAGAUCAUUCUAUCCGAAUAUCAUUAUGGCAUAUGGUCAAAGUGAUGAAUAUAGUUUCAUCUUACGACGAAUGGCACAGUUUUUUAAUCGUCGACAGAAUAAAAUCAUUUCAUUGAUAACAUCAACGUUUACGGCUGGAUUCAUUUACCAUUGGAAUGAUUAUUUUAGCGAUGCGAAAAACACACGAUUGAUACCGAAAAUAGCGGCUGAUGGAACGAAAUCAUUAUCGCUGACACAAACGAUGAAAUAUCCACCAUCAUUCGAUGGUCGUUGUAUUCUUUAUCCAAAUGAACGAACAUUAAUGGAUUAUCUGCGAUGGCGACAAGUUGAUUGUCAUAUUAAUAAUCUUUACAAUACAACCUUUUAUGCAUUGACCGGUGAAUAUACUCACUAUGAGCAUGAUGAUAAAAGUGAUAAAUUCAAUGUUUCAUUUCCUUAUUGUGGUCCAAAAUUAUUGCCUAAAUUAUCGACAAAUGAAGCAACACAACGAUUAUCACAUACAUCCAGUGGUGAUAAAAAUGAAAUUCUAUUCACAGAUUAUGGUAUCAAUUAUAAUAAUGAAUUGCAACAAUUUCGUAAAGGUACAAUUAUCACAUUGAAUAUGGAACAAAUUGAUCGUCGAUUAUUUAUGGAUCAAAAAUCAACAAACAAUUUCAAUACGAAAAAGAAUAAAAAACAGAAAAAAGACAAAAUGUGUGUGGAAUAUCCAUUAAUCCAAGAAUCAUCAGAUGAUCAACAACAAUUAUUUGAUCUAAUGAAUGUGGAUAUAAUUUCUGAAGAAUUUUGGCAAAAAUAUGAUUCAUUAUUGAAAUUGCUGUGAUAUAUCAAAUGAAAUGGAAUAUACAAAACAAAAAUGAUUAAAUGACAAAAUGA